AAGAAAAAGGCUCAACAAUAUGGAAGCGACAAGAAUAUUAUUGGCUUCAAAAUUGACAUAAGACUAAUCCACGAUCACGAAGACUUGGAGAUUGACCUGGCAAGCAUAGAGAUUUCCCACCCCUUCCCGGAUGAUGCCAAAGUCUGUCAUGAUGAGUCCAAGUUGUUGCGCGAGUCUGCGAUUAGUACGGAGACCAUACACCAUCUGCUGCGCCAUGAUUACGUAUACACAUGGAUUAUCAGAGUUAGUGAGUCGACAGCUAUUUUUUCCAAGGUCUUAUAUGAUGAUGAGCGUCAAGUAUAUGUCAACGUCUAUCGAUUUACGUUCAUUUUUCCUACUUGUAUAAGCGAGCUUGAAGAUUUAAAGGAUAGCCUGGAAUUGUUGUUCAAGUUCAAAGAAGACAUAAAGCGAAUUGCAAACAAAGUCCAGAAAGCAUUGAAG